AUGCAGCUGUUGUGGACACUUCGUGAUGAAAACGGUCAAAGACUGAAUUGGGAUCAGUCACUACCCUCAACGGUGGGUGAGAUUUGGAACAAGUACCACCAACAACUGUCUCUGCUUAAUACCAUUCGCAUCGAACGUUGUGUAGUCAUUCCCAAAGCAGUGUCUAUUCAAUUUCACUGCUUUUCAGACGCUUCGGAGAAAGCGUACGGCGCGUGUCUCUACGUGAAGGGUUGGAACUCAAACGGAGAGGUAUGGGUACGAUUACCAACCUCCAAAUCACGGGUUGCACCUUUACAAGUGCAAACCAUUCCUAGGCUGGAAUUAUGCGGAGCUCGUCUCGCUGCCCAGUUGUUCGAGAAGGUUUCUCGGUCAAUAAAAUUUACUGCACCAGUAUAUUUUUGGACGGACUCCACCUGCGUCCUGUGUUGGAUACGAGCAACUCCAGCUACAUGGACAACUUACGUGGCCAAUCGGGUGGCCACAAUUCUAUCGCUUACCGAGAUUUCCCAGUGGAACCAUGUUCCUGGAAUCCAUAACCCGGCCGAUCUGAUUUCCAGAGGGAUUGCGCCGGAGGACAUCGUACACAAUCUGUUUUGGUGGCAGGGACCGCAGUGGUUGGCGAAAGAAGAGAAUGAAUGGCAUCGUUUUCCAGAAACUUCACUGGCAGAAGAAGAAGAGGCAGAGGAAAAACGUCGCACCGUAUAUGCCGGAACGGUUUCAUCGAUCACCGAGUUCAAUAACGCAUACCUAACCCGCUUCUCGUCGUACACAGACCUAAUUCGUCGAACUGCCUACUGGUUACGUUUGAAACGGCUUCUGCGCACGAAGGAAAAGAAGGAUUCCUUUUUCUUAUCUACCAAAGAACUGAAGGAAGCGGAAACCGCACUGAUCAGUUUAGUCCAACAGGAAGUAUUUGUUGAGGAGCGUAAGGCAUUAAUGAAAAAGGAAGCGGUUUCCAGAAGGUCACCAUUACGAUGGUUUAAUCCAUACCUGUCGGAGAAUCAGGUAAUCCGCUUGGGAGGGCGUCUUAAGCACGCAUUAGAAUCAGAGAACGUAAAGCACCCAGUAGUUCUACCAGCCAACCAUUACUUCACGCGUCUGCUUUUACGAUAUUACCAUGAACGCCUUUUGCACGCUGGACCUCAAUUGCUAUUAAGUGUUGUUAGACUUAAAUUUUGGCCAUUAGGAGGAAGGAGUGUUGUGAGACAUAUCAUACACCGCUGUAAGACCUGCUAUCGGACUAAACCCACCACAGUUCAGCAAAUGAUGGGGGAUUUACCAACAGCCGAUACUCUAAACUCCAAAAUCGACGAUCGGAAAACAUCGCCGGAGAAGCAUUCAGCUGCUGUUGGACCUAUAAAUCUGAUCGAAUAA